AUGAGCAGCGGAGGGAAUUUCCCACCGAGAGGUCAUCCAUGGCGGACGCGGUGUUCCACCGGGAAACCGCGACGUCCGUCUUUGCUUUCGACACAGCGGCGGGACCUGAUUUUGAACGGAGGAGAUAUCAGAUUUCCAGUUCCACCGCCUAUCAAAUGGUCCUCCGUAGGUGCUGCUACUUUUUACACUUGUUCUUCUUCUUCAGCAGAUGUAGCUUCUGAUGCUAAUUAUCGAUCAUCGGUUUCCUCCAAACUCGACCCGGCGGUUCUGAACGGAGGAGCUAUCAGAUUUCCAAUUCCACCGCCUAUCAAAUGGUCCUCCGUAGGUGCUGCUACUUUUUACACUUGUUCUCCUCCUGCAGAUGUAGCUUCUGAAGUUGAUGGUCUCGAUGCUAAUAAUCGAUCAUCGGCUUCCUCCCGUUCCGACUCGGUGGAUAUUGCUUCUGUUGUUGAUUCCCUCGACGCUAAUUAUGGAUCAUCGGUUUCCUCCAAACUCGACCCGGCGGUUUUGGCUUCUGUUGUUGAUGCCCUCGAUGCUAAUUAUCGAUCAUCGGCCGUUGCUGAUUCUCAGCUGAAAUACGAUGUGUUUAUUAGUUUCCGAGGACCAGAUUCUCGUGAUGAUUUCGUGAGCCACCUCUACGACGAUCUGCGUCGAGAAGGAAUAGAAACUUUCAUAGACAGUGAAAAGCUUGAGGCGGGAGAGGAGAUUGAGCCGGCUUUAUCGGAUGCGAUCGAGGGAUCAAGGAUCUCGGUAGUGGUUUUUACAAAGGAAUACGCCUCUUCCAAGUGGUGUAUGAGAGAGGUGGCCCAGAUAAUGGAGUGUAGGAGGAGCAGAGGCCAGCUAGUUUUGCCAGUCUUCCUCGGUGUAGAACCCAAGGAGGUUAGGUGGGAGACGGGGAGCUACGCUGUGGCCUUUUCUAGGCAUGAUAAGGCUCCCCAAGGAUCACUAUUAGCUGAGGAAGUAAAACGGUGGAGAAAAGCCAUGAAGGAGGCAGCCAGUCUCUCCGGAUUUGAUUCCAGUGCAGUGAGGCCUGCUUCUAAGCUUGUGGAUAAGAUUGUUGCCCGCAUUUUGGAAAACCUAGAGAGCAAAAGCUUGUUUGAAGAUGAGGGCUUGGUGGGAGCUUAUCCUCUGGUGAAGGAAGUGGAAAGGUUGUUGGAAAAUGGAUCAGAUGAAGUGCAGACCAUAGGGAUAUGUGGAAUGGGUGGUAGUGGGAAAACUGCCAUCGCUGGCGUUGUUUUUAAUCGUCAACAUCAAAAGUUUGAUAGCUGCUGCUUCCUUGCAAAUGUCAGACAAGAAUUUGAAAAGCAUGACCUUAUUGGCUUAAGAAACAGGCUUCUCGGUCAAAUCCUUGGUCAGCCUGAUAUAAACAUAUCUACACCUGACAUUGGAUCCGGCAAUACAAGGAAUCGUCUACGUCGGAAAAAGGUUCUUAUUGUUCUCGACGAUGUUUGGAGCAUCACACAACUGGAGUUUUUGAUGAAACAACCGACUUACUUUGGUCCUGGAAGUAGAAUCAUUAUUACAACACGAGACAUGGAUAUUAUCAAGAAUGUUGACGAUAAAUUCUCUAUGAUGGGACUAUCUGACAGUGAUUCGCUUAAACUGUUUUCAUCUUGCGCCUUCAAACAGAGCUAUCCUCCUGAAGAAUACUUUCAACUGUCGAUGAGGGCAGCUGAUUAUGCAAAGGGGCUACCUCUGGCUUUAAAAGUUCUGGGUUCUUUUCUCUGUAAGAAAUCUGUGCUAGAGUGGGAAAGUGCACUAAGAAGAUGUGUUAGUUCUCUAGAUGAAGAAAUCUUCAAUGUACUCCGUGUAAGUUACGACAGACUCAAUGAUGAAGAGAAAACAACGUUUCUCAAUCUUGCUUGUCUCUUCAAUGGGGGAAAACGAAGUGACAUAGCUGCUCUUUUGGAUAGUUGUGGUAUCUCUGCGGAUAUUGGGAUACGUGCACUAGUUGAUAAGUCGAUGAUUACCUUAUCUAACGACAGGAUUCAGAUGCAUGACUUGUUACAGAAGAUGGGUAGAGAAAUUGUAAAGCAGGAAUCUCCUCGGGAUCCCAGCAAACGCAGCAGGCUGUGGAACUUUGAAGAAGUCCAUGGAAUGUUUUUGGCUGAUGGUAAUUCCACCAUGAACUGA